AUGAAUGUGGAUUGCUUCAGGUGCGGGCAGAAGGGUCAUUACUCGACAGAAUGCAGGGUACAGAAUCCAGGAAUAACCUGUCACAAGUGUGGUAAGGUGGGUCAUGUGGCCAACAAUUGUAGGAGCAAUAUUCAGACUAGUGUUGGAGGCAGCUCGUGUCAGGGACCAGUUAAUAGUACUGCGAGGGCCAGAACCUUUAAGAUGACCAAGAAGUCUACCCCUCAAGAUUCCGAUGUAGUUGCAGGUACGCUUUCUCUUAACUUUGUACCUGUUAAAGUUUUGUUUGAUUCUGGAGCAUCCAAGUCAUUUAUAUCUAAGGGUUGUGUAAGUAGAAUGGAUCUAAUGUUGGAAGAUUUACCUGAGUCUUUAACCAUAGAAGUGGCCAAUCAGGAUAAGUUCUCAGUAAGCCAGUUUUGCCCCAAGUGUCAACUAGAAAUCUUAGGCCAUUCCUUUCUAGCUGAUUUGAUACCCUUUGAGUUAGGAGAAUUUGAUGUGAUCUUAGGAAUGGAUUGGUUGUCUCUAUAUAAGGUGAAGAUUGAUUGCAAGAAAAAGAAGGUGAUUAUAUUUACAGAGGACAAUGAAAAGGUUGUUUUUCAAGGACAGAGACAAGAAAAGAAAUUUCUCUCGAUUAUGCAAGUAAAGAAACUGCUAAGACAAGGUUGUGAAGCUUAUCUAGCCCAUGUUCUGGAUACCAAGAAGGAAACCCCAAAAUUAGAAGAGAUUCCUGUAGUAAGAGAUGUCGAAAGCCCCAUAUCGGAUGGCCCCAAUAGAGAUGAAAGAAUUGGCUAA